CUUGCUUGAUCGGAAAACGAAUUCCAAAGCGUCAUCCUAUGAACCCUCCAGGUACCGAGUAGAAUGCAAGCUUUCCCCGCAUUGUGUGCAUGGUCGAUGCCUCAGGCACCAAUGCUGUUUAGUCCUGUUGGCCCUCUGCGCUAGCCCAGCUGCUUCAGCCUCACGCGCCCCUUCCCCUCACCAACCUCAGUCCCUGUCUGAUGAUGCCACAACGUGGCUUUUGGCUCUUGGCUUUUGGCUCUGGCGUGAAGUACCGAGGUCCCAAACGAAGCGAACACCCGACUGAAUGACUGCCGAAUACGCAAUCUAGUCGACAAUGGAGAAUGUCGAUGUAUAUCCCCGACAGUGUAUACCCAGUGAAGAGUGUGCAUCGACACCCCGGGCCGACAGACAAUAGUCCGUCUCCCGAAACAGGACACUGAAAUGGCGACAAUCCCUGGGACUUACCGUCAUCAUGAUUACACAAUCGCGUGGAUCUCUGCACUACCCUUGGAGAUGGCGGCCGCGGUCGCAAUGCUUGACGAGAGACAUCCGGACUUACCCACUGAUCUGAGUGACAAUAAUAGCUAUAUCUUCGGCAGCAUAUACGGGCAUAAUAUUGUCAUCGUAUGUCUUCCUGCCGGGGUAUAUGGCACAACCUCAGCUGCAGUGAUCGCCAGUCAGGUCCAAUUUACCUUCAAAUCGAUCCGGUUCGGCUUGAUGGUCGGCAUCGGAGGUGCGGUUCCAUCACAAGACGACAUCCGGCUUGGCGAUGUGGUGGUCAGCAAGCCAACGAGAGAUUAUGGUGGCAUUGUGCAGUAUGACUACGGAAAGACUCUAAGCAACAACCGCUUCGAGAGAACCGGCAUGCUUAACAAACCACCGUCGGUACUCUUGACUGCGAUCUCUAGACUACAGGCGGAGCACAUGGUGAGGUCGAGCAAUAUCCCCGCCAUAUUGUCUGAUAUGGUAUGCAGGUACCCAAAAAUGAAAGACAGAUUCACCUACCGUGGUGCGGAGCAGGAUGUGCUGUUCGAGGCUGAUUAUGAUCAUGAAGACGUCGAGAGUACCUGCGCGAACUGUAACCCCAGCAGAAGGAAAAGUCGGCCCGAUCGAGGCUACGAUGUCCCCGUGAUUCAUUACGGCCUGAUUGCCUCCGCAAACCAGGUAAUGAAGAGUGGUCGUAUAAGAGAUCAACUAGCGAACGAAUUUGGGAUUCUCUGCUUCGAGAUGGAAGCAGCCGGCCUGAUGGAUAACUUCCCUUGCUUGGUGAUCCGAGGGAUCUGUGACUAUGCAGACUCUCAUAAAAAUAAGCAGUGGCAAGAGUACGCGGCUGCCACGGCGGCAGCAUAUACCAAGGAGCUUCUGUCCAUGAUUCAUACCAAGCAAGUGGUCGACAUGCCGUCACCUAGUGUGGCUUUGGAGCUGGCGCAAUACGGUCUUACGGCCCCAGUCGGCACGGAAACAUAUGCAGGCGAAAUAAGCAAAAGUCUCCACAUAGACAUCGGACAGCUACUCGAGCGGAUCUCGAACUAUGACCAUGACAAGGUUCACCGGAGACUUGCCUACAAGCGUCUUCCUGGAACAACUCAGUGGUUCCUGAACCAUGCAACAUUCAAAUCAUGGCUUACGGGGUUGGAUCAAUCCAGCCUCUGGUGUUCGGGGAAAAUUGGUUCAGGUAAAUCGAUCAUCGCGGCUUCCGUCGUUGAGGUUGUCAAGUAUCGCGCACUCGAGAAUUCCAGUUACCAUUGCCCUACAGUAUUUUUCUAUUGCGAAAACGAGCAUUCUGGCUCGUUACAGGCUUUCUACAUUCUCGCCAGUCUAAUCAGACAGUUAGCUCAGCUCUUGUACGAGUCGCAUCAGAGCUUUCCGCCAGAUGUCGCUCGUGAGCUGGAGCGUUUUUUUGGAAGAGACCGAAGGGUGCCAGACUAUGACGAUCUGCGAGAAAUAUUCAAUCUUCUCUUCUCAUACAUGCCAAACACAAUCUAUGUUCUUGACGGACUCGAUGCACUGGAACAGCAGGAGUGCCAGAAAAUGUUGCUGCUGAUUCGAGCGACCUUCAGUUCUGCCAGCCCGCCCAAUGGAUCAAAGAUUAUGCUGUCGAGUAGGAAUCACGUACCAGGCUACGUGAAUAUUGCUACAUUCAUGCCGUGGUUUCUCCGAAUUUCAACAUUCAAUCAUGUUACCCAGGAUAUCGAAUUCUAUAUCAAAGCCAGUAUUGAUGACAAGUCUAUGCUUAGAAAGCUUACCAGUGACUGUUCUCUACUGGAAGAGGUCAAACGCGUGCUUCUCGCCGAGGCCUCAGGAAUGUUUCUAUGGGUUUACCUUAUUCUCGAAAUCUUGUGGUCGACAUGCUUCACGGAUGCAGAGGUGCGCUCCGCUUUGCGUCGGCUUCCUAAAGGCUUGAAGGAAACGUAUAGGCUCUGUACUCAGCGAAUUUCCUCUGAUCCCAGGGCUGCGAAGGUUCUUAAAUGGUGGCCUUUGAUCUUCAUGAUACUUGUUGGGAUCACGCGAAAGUACCCCAGGACGAAUUUGUGCUCGGCUGCUGCGCUAAUCUCGUGGUGCUAGACCCUACUGAUGGCUGUGUUCGCUUCGCGCACUCGUCGGUCAAGAAGUUCCUUUUGAGUGAUCGAGCCGGCCAUGACGCCAGAUAUCUGGAGAGCGAGGCGCGGGGAAACCUCGAAUGUGGGGAGUUCUGUGUUGCUUAUCUCUCUUUCUCAAACUUUAGCUUACAGGUUGAGAAGCAAGGACGGGAUCACAAUUCAGCAGGCUCGGCAGUAGUCUCGCCAGCUUUGCUUGCCGGUGAAGCGAUGAAGUCCUCCU